AUGGGGAAGGACCAGGAGCUGCUCCAGGCCGUGAAGACCGAGGACUUGCUGACAGCUCAGCGGCUUCUACAGAGACCUCGGCCAGGGAAAGCCAAGCUCCUCGGAGCAGCGAAGCGGGUGAACGUCAACAUCCAGGAUGCAGACGGGUUGGCGCCGCUGCACUUUGCCGCUCUGGGUGGCAACAAGGAGCUGAUCUCUCUGCUGCUCGAGGCCCAGGCGGCGGUGGAUAUUAAAGACCACAAAGGGAUGCGUCCUCUGCAUUACGCUGCAUGGCAGGGGAAGACUGAACCAAUGAAGAUGCUGCUGAAGGCCGGCUCCUCCGUCAACGGGCAGUCGGACGAAGGACAGAUCCCUCUCCACCUGUCAGCUCAGCACGGACACUACGACGGGUCGGAGAUGUUGCUACAACACCAGUCCAACCCGUGCAUCUCAGACUCGGCUGGUAAAACACCGUUGGACCUCGCCUGUGAAUUUGGUCGCGUCGGAGUGGUCCAGCUCCUGCUCAGCAGCAACAUGUGUGCAGCCAUGCUGGAACCGAAACCCUCCGACCCCAACGGAGUGUCACCUCUUCAUCUCGCCGCCAAGAACGGACACAUCGAUGUCAUACGGCUGCUGAUUCAGGCCGGUAUAGAUAUCAACAGACAGUCUGAGUCUGGCACGGCGCUGCAUCAGGCGUCCCUCUGUGGGAAGACAGAGGUAGUGCGCCUGCUGCUGGAUAGUGGCAUCAGUGCGGGCGUGAGAAACACUCUGAGUCAAACUGCCCUGGACAUCGUUAACCAGUUCACCACCACGCAGGCCAGCCGAGAGAUCAAACAACUACUGAGAGAUGCCUCGGCUGCCAUGCAGGUGCGUGCAUUGAAGGAUUACUGCAACAACUACGACCUCACCAGCCUCAACAUCAAAGCUGGAGACAUUAUCACGGUUUUGGAGCAGCACUCCGACGGCCGAUGGAAAGGCUGUAUUCAUGACAACCGCACAGGAAAUGACCGUGUGGGCUACUUCCCCUCCAACAUGGUGGAAGUCGUCAAGAGGGCAGGUCACUCCCCCUCCCAGCAGUGCCACACCCUCCUGCUCCGCAGGCCCAACCCCUGUCCCAUUGCCACGGUCAACGGACAUUCAUACCCCCCCUCCACUGUCCUCCCCCUGCAUCUGCCUCCCCCUCCUCCCCUUCACCCCAACACACUGCCCCUCCCUCGGUUCUCCUCCUUCGGGUACGUUCCUCUUCCCAUCUCUCCUCCCUCUCUGUCUACUCCUGGUCUGUCCACUCCUCCUCCUCCUCCUCCUCCUCCCCCUCCUCCUCCUCCUCUCUCCACUUCUCAGGAGCAGCCGAGUCAGACAGGUUCGCGGACUGCAGAGCUGAGUCCUCAAGGGUCUCCCACUCUGGGACAGCAGAGCAGCGCCAGUGAGGACAUUUGGGUGCUACGCAAACCGCUGGGAGUCGGCGAGCGCAGUGGCAGUGUGGGCAGCAUCGGCAGCAUCCGGUCAACCAGCAGCUUGCAGAGCUCUGGAAACACACACGUCCUGACCACCCCGGCUGCCAGUCCACACCCGGCACCCACGCCGGGGGUCAACACACACGGGCUCAACGCUCCAGGUCUGCACGCACAAGCUGAAGGGGUGAAGCUGCUGGCCACCGUGCUUUCCCAGUCGGUCAAAGCCAAGGAGCAUCUCUUGGAGCAGUCGCAGUCUGUGGAGCAGUCAGCGAGCUCUUCCAGUAGCACAGUUCACGAACAGCGGUCCUUUGAGCGGAAGGCAGAAGAGGAUGAUGGGAAAAAGCAGGCAGUAGUGGCGUGGCUGGGUGAGUUUCAGCUGCAGUUCUACACCACCCACUUCCUCACCGCGGGAUAUGAUCUAGACACCAUUAGCCGCAUGACCCCUGAGGACCUAACGGGAAUUGGGGUCAUGAAGCCUGGACAUCGAAAGAAGUUAACGUCAGAGAUCAGCAAGCUGCCCUCCACAGACUGGCUGCCGGACCACAAGCCUGCCAAUCUAGCAGACUGGCUGUCUCACCUGGGUCUCAGUCAGUACUACCAAGUUCUGGUGCAGAAUGGGUAUGAAAACAUUGACUUCAUCUCCGACAUCAGCCUUGAAGAUCUGCAAGAGAUCGGAAUUACUAAACUCGGCCAUCAGAAGAAGCUGAUGUUGGGAGUGAAGCGACUGAAGGAGCUACAAAGGGGAGAAAGAAGCUCCGAGGGCCCCCAGAGCCCCUCCACACCUCCAUCCAGCCCGGGUGGCAGCGCCGGCUCCGAGCCCAGGAAGGAGGCGAGGAAGCAGCGGGACGGUGCCCCCAGCCCGCUGGCCAAACCUCGGCCGGGUCUCGCGCGUUCGCAGACCCCUCCCAACACACCGACGCAGACCCCGCCACACACUCCCCCACACGGCCGGGCCCAGCAGGCUUCCCCGAGGGCCCGGCCGCGCCCCUCCACCCAGAUGGCGGCGGCGGCGGAUUCGUCGGUGCCGCUGCUCCGCCUGCCCAGUGUGGAGGAAGAGCGACGGAGAACUCACAGUCUAAUUGGCUCGGAAUCAGACUCUAGAUACGCCACCGUAUGCCGCAGCAGCUCCACGCACGCCGCCCCCAAUGAUGUCACCGUCAACCGCAGCCAAUCAUCUGUGACCCUACGCCCCCGACGUAAAGGUCGACCCCCGACGCCACCUAAACGGUCCUGUUCUUCCAUUACCGGGGGCGACGGGGAGGGAGAGGGACAGGUGGAGGGGCUACUGGGGCUGCCGACCUAUCGAGAGCGGCGAGCCAGUGACUGCGGCAGCCUGGGAUCAGCUUUAAGAUCUCAGGACUCGGCGGGCCUGGAGAGAUCAGAGGGGGCUUCUGGGAGUGUUCGCAGCCUCGCUGCCAUGCUGGAAACGACCAUCGUGGGCGGAGCCAAAACCUUGCCCAAGAAUAUGGGAGGCAGCACCAACUACCUACAGGUGAGUCCGCCCGUACUUCGCCGGCAGCCGGGUGCAGGCGGUUUUGGAUCUGAGGAGGAGGAUGUCUCAAGUCGGCGUCGGACCAUCAGUGGACCGGAAGGCCUACCGGGUGAUCAGAUCGACCUGUUACCCCGGCAACCAGCCCAGCAACGCCCAGAGCCUCGGCCCCGCUCCACCGUGGUCUCCUCGGCGUCAGAGAUCACGGACGGCACGGCGACGCUCCGAAAGAGGCCACGUCCUCUGCCGACGGACUCGGAGGCACCUCCAUCCGCGGAGGCCAACGCCGUUACCACGCCAACAGGCUCUGACACCAUACGCAGGAGACAGCGCACCUCUGACCAUGCGGAGAGUGUCAUUCAAAGCAAUAACCAAUUGGGCUCUCCCAGCAGUCAAACGGACAGUAGCCAGAAAAACGGCUGCGACCCGCAGCAGAACGGCGGCGUGGUCCUGAGGCGGCGGCCGGUGUCUGAGGUCUCUGAUAGGACGGAGGCCAACAGAGACAGCUGCGAGUGGAUGGAGGCCAGGAAGUCUCUGAAGCCGCCGGUGUCACCCAAACCGUCCACAGUCACCGCGAGGAAGACGCAAGCUGACCCCCCAACCCCAACUCGCAGGGUCCCCAUACCCGGGCCUGAUAGCACCGAAACGGCACAGAGCCCUGAGGCCAAGCGGGCUCCUCCUGUAUCCCCGAAACCCCGCGGGCCUCCAACAGCACCGAAACCAGGCAAAGCAACCGUGGGGUCGGCCGCCAUGAGCCCGAGUCCCGCAGCUACCAGCCCGGCUGCGUCCAGCCCCUCCCCGGCCACGAAACCCUCCUCGCCGCUUCCUGCUCCCGACACCCCCUCUGCUCCCUCCCUCUCUCCGGGACUCCCCCUGACUUCUCCCUCUCCGGCCCAGAGUCCCUCCACGCCCUCUCCGCACCCCGUCAAACCUCCCCGCUCGUCCAUCGCCGGCCUCUCCAUCGACCUGCUGGGAGGCCGGGAGGCGGAGGAGGAGGAGGAGGAGAGGAGGAGAGAGGAAGAGGAGAGGAGGCGAGAGAGGGAGCACAAGAGGCACAAGGAGGAGCAGGAGGAGGAGAGGAAGAAAGCGGAGGAAGAGAACCUGAGGGAGCUGGAGAGUCGAGUGGAGGACGCAGAGCAGGGGGGGGAGGUGCAGCAUCGUUUGGAGGAGACCAGUGCCUCCCUGGCUGCAGCUGUGCAGGCCGUCGAACAUAAAAUCAAAAAGGAGGACGCACAAAACGACAAAAAGGCAGCGGUCUCCAUCUUGGACGACAUCGGCAGCAUGUUUGACGACUUGGCCGACCAACUGGAUGCGAUGCUCGACUGAUCGGCUGCCC